AUGGACGCGCUGACGCUCUCCAAAUACGACGACCUGCUUAACGACGUGCUGCUGGAUCAAGUGGGACUGAUGCCUAGCGUCUUGGACCUGGUGCAAAAGUUGGCGGCAGCCGAAAUGACGCUGGCCGAGGCCCUCGGGGAGCUGCUGAAAGACGAAUACAUUGCCUCCUUUCUGCGGCACAAGUCUGCGCUCCGCCUUGAAGACUUUCGGCUGCACGCAGCACGGUACUUCUCCAUGUACCUGCCCGAGGCCGGGUACGAGAUUGGGCAGACCGACCGGUACAAGGUUGUGACGGGCAAGAGCGAGGCCAAGAUUGUGGCCACCAAGCAGUACACGCUGGGCAUGGUGAUAAACCUGUGCUCGGGCAGCGUCGCCAAGCUGAGCGAGCACGAGAUUGGGCGGCUGGAGCGCGAGCGCGCAGACUUUAGCGUGAUGUGGUGGAGCAAGAAGAAGAGCAUGUGUCUGUUUCUGGGCCCGGCCCGGUUCGCGCUCCGGACCAUUGAGCCCGGCGAGGAGAUCACAACGCACUAUGGCAGCAGCUACUUUGGCGAAAACAACUGCGAGUGCCUGUGCGCCACCUGCGAAAAAUACUCGCGCGGCUGGUACGCGCGCAACAGCAACAGAGGCUCGGCCUGUCGGCGGAAUCAGUCGCACCCGUCGACGCCCGGCGGCAGCGACGAUAUCCGGCUGCGCACACGCAACAAGGGCCGGCGAUCGGUGACCCCAGCCAGCUGCAUGAACGGCCACAAGAGCAUGAUUGGGCGCAGCACCGACCCGGCUAUCGUCUACUGCACGUGCUGCGGCGAGGAGUACGACGGCCCGCCGGUUGCUGAGAGCGUCUGGCAGGCACGGGCGGCCGAGAUGCUCAAGCCGAAGAAAAAACGCAAGGCCGUCCUGAAAAGCAAGACUGGCAGGCGGCGUGUGGGCAAAAAGGACAAAGCUGGCAGCGCAACGGCCAGCGACAGUGAGUCGGCAGGCGAGCGGAAGCGGCGGAAACAGGCCCAGGAGAAGAAGGUGGCCACGAUCUACGCUGGCCCUCUGGGGCCAUUAGCCGCGGCACCAGCCGAGAUGUUUGCCGAAUUCGCCAUUGGCACGCCGGUGUUUGUUGAUCCGCUCGACGGAUCGAUCGAGUACUGGUGGCCGGGGGUCAUUGUCGACCACCUGGACGGCGAGGACGGCUCCAGGCGGUACCAGGUGCGGUACUUUGAGGACUCGUCGUUCUCGCAGUGUCUGGGCCAGGACCUGGCGCUGUUUGAUCCGACAAAGGCGCCGUUUGCCCUGUGGCUCGACCGGACGCCACGUAUGCUGGCCGACCCAGCCAUCCGGCGCGCACUGGCAUAUUACGAAUGGCGUUUUUUGGCGCCAUCACGAUCAGCACUUGUGGAAACAAAAGAGAAGCUGGCCAGCAGCGGCGUCAACGAGAUCGUGCGGCUGCGGCAGAUCUACCCGGACUCGCCGGUGCUGGGGGACGCGCCGACCGCAGCGGACAUGCCGCAGCUCGAGCUCGACGACUUUUUCCACGCGCCCAUUCCACGCGCCAGCCAUGCAGCAUUCGGGUGCAUCCAGCCGUAUUUGCUGAGCCUUCAAGGAUCAGGUCAAGGUGCGCAGAUCACUGAUGUCGAUUUUGUCUGCAACGAGGCGAGGUUCGGACUGUACUAUUACAUGCACUUCAAGGGCUGGAACAAAAAGUUUGACGAGUGGGUGCCGCCCUGCCGCAUCAUAUAUGAUGACGCUGCAAAGCAAUAG